UGACGUUAGAGGUCACUGGGUUGUCAUCAAACAUGGCGGCCUCCUUGCUAAGCAGGAGGACAGCCUUAAUGCUUGGAGUUAGUAAAUUAAACUCCUUUCUACCGGCUGUAGUCCAGCAAAUCGCGAACUAUAACCCCAGACCCCUCUGGCUGAAUAUAAAGAACCCGUAUAUUCCGAAUAAAGAGAGCGAGAAGACGCCCGAGUGGCAGAAGACGGACAAGUACGAGCGCAGACUGUUCGGCCGCUAUGGGAGCGUGUCCGGAGUGGAUCCGGCCAAACUCUGGCCCUCUCCCGCCCGGCUGGAGGAGCUGAUGGCCGAGGAGAGAGAGUGGCACCCUCCGAUCGAGGUGAUGCUGGAGAACAUCGCGGCCAGAGAGAGAGAGAAGCAGCAGAAGCGGAUGGAGAGAGAGAAGAUAAUCGCUGCAAACAUGGCCAAGAUGCCCAAGAUGAUUGCCGACUGGAAAAAGCAGAAAAGGGAAACUAAACAGAAGCAACGAGAGGAGAAAGUGAAGCGGGACAAGCUGCUGGCCGAGGCGAGAGAGCGUUUCGGUUACGCACUGGACCCCCGCAGUGCCAAAUUCAAAGAGAUGGUCACCGAGAUCGAGAAAGAGGAGAAGAAGAAGAGAAAACUCCUGAAACGCAGGAAGAGAGAGGAAGAGCAGGGAACAGGGACGGCAGAAUCCAGCCAGUAACCCUCAGAGAACAAGGACUUUCAGACAGUGCGACUGUAAUAGAUUAUACUAUUGUUUUUGUUUUUUUGUAUGUGUGUGUCAUGGUGAUUAUCCAAGAGAUUGUUUGAUUUAAAUAAAAUCAAUCACUGAAACAACAA